AUUCCCACCUACCUCUUCUCACGCUCUCGCUCUCUCUCUCUCCCCCCCCUUAUUUUUCUCUUCCUCUCUCACUCCUCCUCCCCCUUUCGUUUUUAUCGCCUCCUUUUCCGAAUCAAAACAAAACCCAAAUUCCGUAUCCGCAAUUUUUUUCCAUUAUCUGCUGUUUGUUCCUCUCAGUCAUCUAAUAAAAAUGGAUUAUUCGAUUACCCAUUUGCCAAAAGUCGAAUCUUUGUCUCUCAAGCACUGUGAAUCGGCUUGAAACCGUGGCAAAUAAUGCGAGUGUCUGUCACUAAACCAUAGAAGAAAGCGUUUUACAUUAGGUUUUGAUCAAUGGGGAGGAAGCAAUUCCAAGUUUUCGAUGAUAAGAGUGAUGGGUUUCUCUCUGUUUGCAAUUUGGGAAAUUUGGGAUUUCAAUGGAGUCCCGAAGAGGAGGGUUACCAUCCCGGAGGCUUAUUUGCAAGCGUUAGCCAAGUGGGGAUGGGCUUCGGGGUCUCGCCGGACCCUCCCAAUCCACGCCGUGAUGGCGGGGCCGUGAAGCUUCCGUAUGCCGAGCAGUACAUGAAGUAUGUGGAGGGGAUUAAGAAUUUUGGGGUGGGGGAAGAGAAAGGGGUGGUGAAGAAUAAGAAGGGCGGUCUGAAAUUGAAGGUUAAGAUUGCUAACCCUUCAGUGAGGAGGCUAAUAAGUGGUGCAAUAGCCGGGGCAAUUUCACGGACGGCUGUGGCACCAUUGGAGACGAUAAGGACUCAUUUGAUGGUUGGGAGUUGUGGGAGAUCUACUACUGACGUCUUCAAUGAUAUAAUGAAGAUUGAUGGGUGGAAGGGGUUGUUUAGGGGAAAUCUAGUCAAUGUGAUUCGGGUUGCACCGAGCAAGGCGAUAGAGCUGUUUGCUUAUGAUACGGUUAACAAGCAACUGUCACCAAAACCUGGAGAGCAGCCCAAACUUCCAAUUCCUGCCUCGUUAAUUGCAGGUGCUUGUGCUGGAGUGAGUUCAACAAUUUGCACAUACCCUCUUGAGUUAAUUAAGACGCGGCUAACCAUUCAGAGAGACGCUUAUGAUGGCCUUCUGGAUGCAUUCUUAAAAAUAGCGCGAGAAGAGGGACCGGCAGAGCUCUACAGAGGUCUUGCCCCUAGUCUUAUUGGAGUAAUUCCAUAUGCUGCCGCCAAUUACUAUGCUUAUGAUACAUUACGGAAAGCCUAUCGCAAGUUUCUCAAGCAGGAGAAGAUCGGCAACAUUGAAACCCUUUUAAUUGGAUCAGUAGCUGGUGCUAUUUCAAGUACUGCAACAUUCCCACUCGAGGUGGCACGCAAGCACAUGCAGGCGGGAGCCGUGAGUGGAAUCCAAUAUAGAAAUGUGCUUCACGCCCUCACCAGUAUACUUGAGAAGAAGGGGGUUGAGGGUUUAUACACUGGGCUAGGCCCGAGCUGCAUGAAGUUGGUGCCUGCGGCAGGGAUUUCUUUUAUGUGCUACGAAGCAUGCAAGCGGAUACUGGUAGAGGAAAAAGAGGAAGAGUAGAAUACUUUCCUGAGAAAUAAAUUAAUAUUACAUAUCGGUCCUGGCAGUGGUAAGGACACGGGAUAACUUAUCUCCGACACAGGUUUACUUGCCCAUUUUCUUUCUUUGAUUGCUGGAUAUUUAUUUUUUUCGUUCCUUCACAUUUUGCAACUGAGUUGAGGGGAGCCUUGUCUUUCAAGAGGUUAGACUUGAUGUUUUUGAGGAUUAAUUUAAAUGGCAUUUUAACUGA